GACAUCAACAAGCGGCUCUCGCUGCCGGCCGACAUCCGGCUCCCCGAGGGCUGCCUGCAGCGCCUGGUGCUGCCGUCCCCGCUCAGCCGCCGCCUGCGCCGCGUCUCGCUGUCGGAGAUUGGCUUCGGCAAACUGGAGACGUACGUCAAACUGGACAAACUGGGAGAGGGCACCUACGCCACCGUGUACAAGGGCCGCUCCAAGCUGACCGAGAACCUGGUGGCCCUCAAGGAGAUUCGCCUGGAGCACGAGGAGGGGGCGCCUUGCACGGCCAUCCGCGAGGUGUCGCUGCUGAAGGACCUGAAGCACGCCAACGUCGUGACAUUGCACGACAUCAUUCACACGCAGAGCUGCCUCACGCUCGUCUUCGAGUACCUGGACCGGGAUCUGAAGCAGUACCUGGACGACUGCGGCAGCCUCAUCAACAUGCACAACGUCAAGGUGUGUUGUGCAGGGGGUUGGGUGUGCAGGGGGUUGGGUGUGCAAGGGGCAUGCG